GUCGGGGCCCCCGGCCCUUCCCUGACCCCCGGGACCCAGCGUCCGGGCCCGCACGCCCGCUCUUGCUAUUGCUGCCGCCGCUGCUGCUUUUACCGCUGCUCACCGCCCCCGGCGCCUCAGCCUACAGCUUCCCCCAGCAGCACACGAUGCAGCACUGGGCCCGGCGCCUAGAGCAGGAGAUUGAUGGCGUAAUGCGGAUUUUUGGAGGCGUGCAGCAGCUCCGAGAGAUCUACAAGGACAAUCGGAACCUGUUCGAAGUACAAGAGAACGAACCCCAGAAACUGGUGGAGAAGGUGGCAGGGGACAUCGAGAGCCUGCUAGACAGGAAGGUGCAGGCCCUGAAGAGACUGGCUGAUGCUGCAGAGAAUUUCCAGAAAGCCCACCGCUGGCAGGACAAUAUCAAGGAGGAAGACAUCAUAUACUAUGACGCCAAGGCUGAUGCUGAACUGGAUGACCCUGAGGGUGAAGACGUGGAGAGGGGAUCCAAGACCAGCACAUUAAGACUGGACUUCAUGGAGGACCCAAACUUCAAGAACAAAGUCAACUAUUCAUACACAGCUGUGCAGAUCCCCACGGACAUCUACAAAGGCUCUACUGUCAUUCUCAAUGAGCUUAACUGGACCGAGGCCCUGGAGAAUGUCUUCAUCGAGAACCGUAGACAAGACCCUACCCUGCUGUGGCAGGUCUUCGGCAGUGCCACGGGAGUCACUCGCUAUUACCCAGCCACACCAUGGCGAGCCCCCAAGAAGAUUGACCUGUAUGACGUCCGAAGACGACCCUGGUAUAUACAGGGGGCCUCAUCCCCCAAGGACAUGGUCAUCAUUGUGGAUGUGAGUGGUAGCGUGAGCGGCCUGACUCUGAAGCUGAUGAAGACAUCCGUCUGUGAGAUGCUGGACACACUCUCUGAUGAUGACUAUGUGAACGUGGCCUCAUUCAACGAGAAGGCGCAGCCUGUGUCUUGCUUCACACACCUGGUGCAGGCCAAUGUGCGGAACAAGAAGGUGUUCAAGGAAGCCGUGCAGGGCAUGGUGGCCAAGGGCACCACAGGCUACAAGGCCGGCUUUGAGUAUGCCUUUGACCAGCUACAGAAUUCCAACAUCACUCGAGCUAACUGUAAUAAGAUGAUCAUGAUGUUCACGGAUGGGGGCGAAGAUCGUGUGCAGGAUGUCUUCGAGAAGUACAAUUGGCCCAACCGGACGGUGCGCGUGUUCACAUUCUCCGUCGGGCAGCAUAACUAUGACGUCACUCCUCUGCAGUGGAUGGCCUGCACUAACAAAGGUUACUAUUUUGAGAUCCCUUCCAUCGGAGCCAUCCGCAUCAACACACAGGAAUACCUAGAUGUGUUGGGCAGGCCCAUGGUACUGGCAGGCAAGGAAGCCAAGCAGGUGCAAUGGACAAACGUGUAUGAAGAUGCACUGGGACUGGGGUUGGUGGUAACUGGGACUCUACCUGUUUUCAACCUGACACAGGAUGGCCCUGGGGAAAAGAAGAACCAGCUAAUCCUGGGUGUGAUGGGCAUCGAUGUGGCCCUGAAUGACAUCAAAAGGCUGACUCCCAACUACACCCUUGGCGCUAACGGCUAUGUGUUUGCUAUUGACCUGAAUGGCUACGUGUUGCUACAUCCCAAUCUCAAGCCCCAGACUACCAACUUCCGGGAGCCUGUGACCCUGGAUUUCCUGGAUGCAGAGCUGGAAGAUGAGAACAAGGAGGAGAUCCGUCGCAGCAUGAUUGAUGGCAACAAGGGCCACAAGCAGAUCAGAACACUAGUCAAGUCCCUGGAUGAGAGGUACAUAGAUGAGGUGAUUCGGAACUACACCUGGGUGCCUAUAAGGAGCACCAACUACAGCCUGGGGCUGGUGCUCCCACCCUACAGCACCUUCUACCUCCAAGCCAACCUCAGCGACCAGAUCCUGCAGGUCAAGUAUUUUGAGUUCCUGCUCCCCAGCAGCUUUGAGUCUGAAGGACAUGUUUUCAUUGCUCCCAGAGAGUAUUGCAAGGACCUGAAUGUCUCAGACAACAACACUGAAUUCCUGAAAAACUUCAUUGAGCUCAUGGAGAAAGUGACUCCAGACUCCAAGCAGUGCAAUAACUUCCUUCUGCAUAACUUGAUUUUGGACACGGGCAUUACACAGCAGUUAGUAGAACGUGUGUGGCGGGACCAAGAUCUCAACACGUACAGCCUGCUAGCCGUAUUUGCUGCCACGGAUGGUGGCAUUACACGUGUCUUCCCCAACAAGGCAGCCGAAGACUGGACAGAGAACCCUGAACCCUUCAAUGCCAGCUUCUAUCGCCGCAGCCUGGAUAACCAUGGUUAUGUCUUCAAGCCCCCACACCAGGAUUCGCUGUUAAGGCCACUGGAGCUGGAAAAUGACACGGUGGGUGUCCUCGUCAGCACAGCUGUGGAACUGAGUCUAGGUCGUCGCACACUGAGGCCAGCAGUGGUGGGUGUCAAACUGGACCUAGAGGCUUGGGCCGAAAAGUUCAAGGUGCUUGCCAGCAACCGUACCCAUCAAGACCAACCUCAGAAGCAGUGCGGCCCCAGCAGCCACUGUGAGAUGGACUGCGAGGUUAACAAUGAGGACUUACUCUGUGUCCUCAUCGAUGACGGAGGAUUCCUGGUACUGUCAAACCAGAACCAUCAGUGGGACCAGGUUGGCAGAUUCUUCAGUGAGGUGGAUGCCAACCUGAUGCUGGCACUCUAUAAUAACUCCUUCUACACCCGAAAGGAAUCCUAUGACUAUCAGGCAGCCUGUGCCCCACAGCCUCCUGGAAACCUGGGUGCUGCACCCCGGGGUGUUUUUGUGCCCACCAUUGCAGACUUCCUUAACUUGGCCUGGUGGACCUCUGCUGCCGCCUGGUCCUUAUUCCAGCAGCUACUCUACGGCCUCAUCUACCACAGCUGGUUCCAGGCAGGGUCUGUGGGCGGGGCUGAGGCGUCUGGGCCCCGCAGACCCGGCAGAAGCCGAGGGCAGCCCCGAGACGCGCGAGAGCAGCUGCGUCAUGAAGCAGACCCAGUACUACUUCGGCUCGGUGAACGCGUCCUACAACGCCAUCAUCGACUGCGGAAACUGCAGCAGGUUGUUCCACGCGCAGAGACUGACCAACACCAACCUUCUGUUCGUGGUGGCGGAGAAGCCGCUAUGCAGCCAGUGCGAGGCGGGCCGGCUGCUGCAGAAGGAGACACACUGUAUCCUGCCCCCGCCCUCCCCGUGCCCUUCCUGCCCUAUGCUCCCCUCCGUGUCGCUGCUGCCGCCUCCUCCUUGACUCCCCACCCAUGCCCAGCGGACGGCCCGGAGCAAUGUGAACUGGUGCAGAGACCGCGGUACCGAAGAGGCCCUCACAUCUGUUUUGACUACAACGCCACGGUGAGUCGGGGGAGCGGCUCUGCUGACGUCCACGAUCCUGCGCCGGCUGGGGAACGACCGCCUGCUUGUUUCCCUCCCCGCUGCAGGAAGAUACCUCAGACUGUGGCCGCGGAGCCUCCUUCCCGCCGUCGCUGGGCGUCCUGGUUUCCUUGCAGCUGCUGCUCCUCCUGGGCCUGCCGCCCCGGCCACAGCCUCAAGUCCACUCCUUUGCUGCCUCUCGCCGCCUCUGAGCGACCCCCCUGCAACACACACACACACACACACCCCAUACCCCCGCCUUGGCCUCCUACUCUUUCGCUCACCCUCCCAUUUCCCUCAUCCCACAGUCCCCAAACUAGCGCCUGGGCCACUCCCUCACUGAAGAACCUGGGCCCCUCCCCCCAGAGCUUGUGCCUUGGGGCAGGGGAGCCCCAACGUAGGGUGUCAUGGUGUUUGGCACUCAAGAUUUAUCUCACCCCUGAACUGUCCAAGUGCCCGCAGACCCCGGACUUAUCUCCGUGGGCUGGGACAAGGAGGCCACAAGUACUGGUGCCAAACCAGGCCUCCACCAACCAACCUGCCUGGAAACUUCCUCUGAAUAGGCAACCCUGCCUCUGCUGGGUGCCCCUAACCUGACCCUUUGGCCCCACCCACGCUCAAACUCACCUUCUCUGGGGGGGAAAAUGGAAGAAGUAAGGUGGUAGUGGUGAGAGAGAUUCUGAGGCAGCCCCCCCCACAGGCUCCUGCUCCUUUCAGGCCUACAACCACAAACCCACGCCCCAGCCUUGCAGGUGUCGGAACAGUCUCACGAUGACAUCAGUUCGGACACACCACACACACACCUGGACCCCUGAAAGCAGAAACUGGACUCUCACUAGACAUGCCCCGGAGGGAACACAGGAAUAGAUGUGGACACACACCGUGAGGGGGCCCACAAAGCCUUACACAGGGCAAGAGGUCAGAGAGAGGGUAGGCCUGUGCCUUCCAUCUCUGCUCCCCUCUGCCUCUACUCGGAGAUGAUGCAGCCCACUGGCCCUCCCAUCUCUAAAGCUGAAUGUCAGUGCCAAAUGCUGGGGAAGAGGCCUCUUUGUUUCACCCCUAGCCACCAGUGUCCCUCCAGUGCCCCUCUCCCUGCCAGGUGCUCAUUAUACCCAUUCCUCACUAGUGUCAGGACCCUAAUAGGACCACCCAUCACUGCCUGAACCCCUUUAGCAGAAGAAUCCCUCCAGACAUUGCUCUUUGCCUUAGCAGGGGUGACUUGAUCUCUCCUGGUUGGGCCAUCCCACCCCCAAUCUGGUUCUUACACAUUCAGGCCCAACUCUCUUUGUUCUUUGUACACACACAUACACACACACACACACUCCCUCCCUCCCUUAGGAGGCCAAAUUGCCUCUCCCUUGCUGAACACACACUUCUACCGUGCACACAUAUAAUCACUGCAUGCACACACACACACACACACACACACUCCCUCCCUUAGGAGGCCAAAUUACCCCUCCCUUGCUGAACACACACUUCUACCGUGCACACAUAUAAACACUGCACACACACACACACACACACACACACACUCACACACGAGUCUGGGCCUGAACACAUCUCUUCACACGAUUCAUCCCUGUCUUUUCCCAAAGGCCUCCCAACCUGGGGGCCAAUAGGGGACUGAGGGCCGGGGGGUAUAGCCAUGAGGCUCAGUUGGAUCGGGAAGAGGGGGGGAGGGUGAUGCAUUAAUUAAUGGCUUCGUUAAUUAAUGUCACGUUGCUUGUUGCUUUCUCAGUGUGUGUAUGGUCCAUGCCCAGUGCUGGUGACAGGGUGGGCAUCCAUGAUGUGUGCCCAGCCUGGAUGCCAGCUGUGUCCUGUGGGGGCGCGUGUGUAACUGUAGUGUAGUCAGGUGCUCAAUGGAGAAUAUAAACGAAAAAGAAACAAAUGUAUACAGAAAAAUAGGUAUAUAUUUUAAGUUUAAAAACAACAGAAACAAGAGUCCCCAUCAAGUAGUUGUCUGUCCCCCGGCUGGGUCCAUUCCUCUCAUCCACCCGCCUGACCUGGCUGUCCUCUCACCUUGGGCUGAGGGACUUGGGGGGCCAUUUCCUUUACUUUGCCCUUUUUUCGUUGUUAUUCUAUUUUGUACAGACAAGUUGGAAAAACAACAGCGACAAAAAAAAGUCGAGAAACUUUGUAAAAUAUCGUGUGUGUGAUUCCUUGUAAAAUAUUUUCAAAUGGUUUAUUACAGAAGAUCAGUUAUUAAAUAAUGUUCAUAUUUUCACUUCAAA